AUUUAUUCUUUUUCCUUCUCAAUAUAUUUACAAGCGCAACUCUAUUGGAUUGUACAGUAUAUGAGAAGGUAAUGAAGCUCCAGUCAGCCAGGUGAUUAUUUUUUGAGAUUCUAAUGAGAUCAGCUAUGACAGUCUACGUAUUUCUCUUGGCAUAGGUUUCCCGAAAAAUCAAAAAACAAAUCCAUAUUAUCUAACAUUUGGGUAAUUUUUUUAUCUUUAAAGGAAGAGCAGCUCUAUGGCUAUGGAAAACAACACACAGGUGACAGUUUUUGUAUUUUCUGGACUAACUGAUAAUGAUAAACUCAUCCCGUUCCUCUUCGCUUUUUUCUUACUGGUGUACCUCGUGACCAUAAUCGGAAACAUUGGCUUAAUUAUUCUUGUCCUUGUUGCCUCCAACCUUCACACUCCAAUGUAUUACUUUUUGAGUUUCCUCUCAGCUGUUGACCUCUUCUACUCUACAUCUGUCACUCCUAAAAUGUUGUCUGACCUUAUAUCCCUCAGGAAGACCAUAUCGUUUAAUGGUUGUGCCGUCCAAUUUUUAUUUUUUGCUGGCCUAGCAGGAACCGAGGUCCUUCUACUCUCCAGUAUGUCGUAUGACCGAUACACUGCUAUCUGCCACCCUCUUCACUAUGUUUCCAUCAUGACCAAAAGCAAAUGUUUCUCUCUUGUCGGUCUUUCAUUCUCCAUGGGCUUCUUUCAGUCAGUUGUGCACACCAGUUGCAUGUUCAGUCUACGGUUCUGUGGCUCCAAUCUUAUAGAACAUUUCUACUGUGACAUUCCUCCCAUACUCCAGUUGUCUUGCUCCAAAACAUUUAUUUGCAACAUGUUAUCUAUUCUCUCUGUUGGUUGUUACUGUUUUUCUUCAAUGUCAACAAUCCUGGUUUCUUAUGUUUUUAUCUUUACCACCAUACUACGUAUACAAUCUUCUGAAGGACGACAGAAAGCGUUCAGCACUUGCUCUUCUCAUCUCAUGUGCACCGGCAUCUUAUUUGUGUCAGUUUUUAUUACUUAUUUGCGUUCCCCUUCCAGUGCCUUGGACAAAAAAGACAAAGUGGCCUCUGUCUUUUAUUCAGUAAUGACCCCAAUGUUGAACCCUCUUAUUUACAGCUUGAGGAACCAAGAGGUGAAAAGGGCCAUCAUGCAAGCAAGGCAUAACAUUUUACAUGUUUUCCCAUUCUAUCCAAAACUCAAAAAAUAAUGCAAUAAUACAAGCAAGGCAUAAUAUUUUACAUGCAUUUAGGAUUGUAUACAUUUAUAGGGGGAAAAUAUUAAUUGUAAAGUUGGAACCCAUGCCAGGUUUUUAUUGCUGUCUGUGUCCCCCAGGGAGAGAAUAAUCCUAUGUGUUCUGGAAACCAAUGUCACUACUACUGAAAUUGAUAGGGAAUCCUAAAUGUUAUGGUUGUCACUCCUAGAAUGACCAUCUAGGAGAGUAUUUGCCCUCACUUUCUCCUGUAUCUGGGACAAGAGAUAAUUAGGUAGAUUCACAAAGAGUUAGGCCUGCUUAUCUACAGACCUAACUC